UCGUCAACAAUGGUGGAAUGGAUUCUGUGACAUUUUACGGCAGUGUUCGUUUUCUGAUACGAAAAAUAUCAAUAAUGAUCAAUAUUUUGCAUGAAAAUAGACCUGCGAUGUUAUUGCAGUAAUACUUAGUUUAAUUUUGACACAAAACAUCAAUAAUGUGUGAUGUUUGUUCGGAGUUUUCACAGCUUUUAGUAAAUUGUGAAGCGAGGCUUACAGACGAUGCAUCCCAAUAUCCAACAAUAAGUCAAUCUGAGCUGGAAACAGUGCUAAACUACAUAAUAUCAUGGCCGCAGAGGCAAUGUAUGUGCUGCUACAGAGAUGUGAAGAACUUUGAAAGAUUUUAUUUAGUUGUGCAAAGCAUACUGUGUUUGUCCGUGUGCCAGCUGAAACAACUUAAAGAUGAUAUUAUUGAGGCUGCUAAAACGCCUGCACCUGAAAUUGAACCAGACAAACAAAAACCUGAUGACACCACACCACCUAAGAGUGAAGAGGUGAAAAACAAGGAACCUACAGAGGCAGAUAAUCCUCCAACAUCAGAGAGAGAAAAUGAGGCACCAAAAGAACCUCCAGUGGACAAGCCACUUGCAGAUGAUUCUGAAGCAUGGCCCAUGCAGCAGAAAGAGAAGCUCAUGCACAUUGUAUCCAAAAUUUUUCUUCUCAAUUUCCCACUAUACUUGGCUUGUAAACAUUCAGCUCUCAGUCGCUUAGAUGACCUUUCCGCACAGGAAAUAUCAAAUUUGAGCUCAUACUGUGAUUUGCAUGACACUGAAAUACCAGCAUACCUGCUUCGUAAUGUCAGUUUGUUUUGCAAACUGGGUGGUAUAUGUGCCAUGACUUCUGUGUUUGAGCAAUCAACACCAAACACAUUACCUUUAUCUAUGGCCCAUGCUAUAGUGGCAGCUGUUGGUAAUCUCAAGUUAUGGCUGAACUUUAGGGCUGUUGCCCAACUGUUCAUGCCGUUGAGGAGUAAAAUAUUAAAGUAUAUGUGCAGCUUAGAGGACAAGGAUCUUCGUGUACCGGCAGUUAAAUCCAUGGCAGAUUUCAUGUGGGGAGCUGCGAAAGAACCAUUAGAUGCGCCGCUCGCGUUUGACGGCGACGGUCUCGCGCUCGCCUUCAAGUACUUUAACAGUAGCACGCUUACCAUGCGACUGGCUGGCGUGGCGCAGAUCAACGCUCACAUUGUGGCGCACAACGAACUGUGCGCCGGCGAACCGGCAGCUGACGCGGAGCUCGCGGGUCAGCAGCUCGCCACCUGGCUCACCAAUAACAACAUAAUUGAACAUCUCUUUGGACCUAAUUUACAUGUCGAGGUGAUAAAACAAGCGCACAUGAUCCUGAAGUUCCUGGCGGUGGAGACGCGCGUGACGCCAGAACACGUGGAGCUGGUGUGGGCGGCGGCGCAGCUGAAGCACUGCGGCCGGCAGGUGUACGACCUGCUGCCCGGGUUCAUACGCGCGCUCGCGCCCAAGCCCUGCGCGCAUUUGUAUAGUCUGCUGUGUUCAUUACCACCAAAAGAGCAUACUGAACAGAGUUUGUACUUGGCGUCGGCGCUGACGCGUGCGAUGUGGUCGCGCGGGGGCGGGUGCGGGGGCGGCGGGUCUCCGGGCGAGGAGCCGCGCGCGCCGCCGCCCGCGUGCAAGCCGCCGCACCGCUCCUCCUCCGAGGCGAGCGUCAGCAUGGACCAGACCAACUCUGAUGAUGACCCGUGUGAGGAACUAAGCACUUCUGGUGAAGAAGCUGGUCCUACUCCACGCAAACAAAGCAAACACCAACGGGAACUUACCGCGGAACAAGAGUGGUUGCGAGAAGGCGAAGAGUUGACAAAGAAAGAAUGUUCAACAUUGAAGUCUUGUCAGAAGCGCAGCAAACGCGCCGGCAGCAGCGGCAGCGCGAGCAGCGGCGCCGAAGAGCUGCUGCGUCCGCGCAAGAAGAAAUUAUACAAGAAGCGACACAAGCCAGGCAAACCCAGGCAUUUCCCGACCCAGUUGAAGGCUGCGGAUCUCGCGGAGUCAGUAUCAGAAGUGGAAGAGGAGUCCUCCGGGAGUGACACCGCUCACUGUCAAUUAUUGUGCGACAAUGUCGAUGCCAGGCGGUUAAUGGAACUGCGAUUGAUGGAGAGCUAUAAGCGUCGCGGCGGCGAGGAGGAAGAGGGCAGCGCGUCCUCCGCACUCUCGCCCAACUCGCACCCGCACAUUGCUGACCUCGAUGAGGACGACUCCGCUUGCGAGGAGGAACUCGCCAGGCUCGCUCAGCAGGCGCAGUGCCUGUCGGAGUAUCAGACGGCGCAUGCGCUAGCGUCGGCAGCGGGCGCGGCGGCGGCGGCAGCGGCGGCGGCUGCGGGCGCGCGCGCCCGCGGGUCGCGGUCAGGGUCACCCGCGUCCGCGCCCUCGCCCCCGCCGCAGGCCACGCCCGCCACACCCUUCUGCGCCGACGACGUGUGCCGCCCCGGCAACACGCUGCUCUGGGACCUGCUGCAGGACGGCGCCAUCGAGCAGCUAGGCGAAGGUUUGGCUCUGGAGGCCGAGAAGGCGCUGUGCGCUCUGCUGUGUUUCAGCACCGACAAAUUUAUUAGGAUAAAGUUCAUUGAAGGCUGCCUCGACAAUCUUGCCAAUCACAGAUCUGUUGCUGUUUCACUCCGGCUACUGCCGAAGUUAUUUUCUUCCUUCCAACAACUUCGAGGAAUGGAUAUGCAUCAGGUGGUGAUGUGGGCGGAGCGCGAGCGCGGCAUGAUGCGCCUGUUCCUGGAGGACCUGCGCCACUACACGCAGCAGCCGCGCGCCACCGCCGACGCCGCGCACUACGCGCACAUCACCGAGCUCACCGUGCGCCUGCACUUCCUCACUGCCAUAUUCUCACCGGUCGGAUCGCCGCAGCACUUCCGUUUAACAGUGGAGCAAGUGGAGGAGCUGUGGCAGUGCCUGGUGGUGCGCGGCAGCAGCGAGUGCGCCGACUGUCUGUACUCGUGGCUGCUCUCGCACACCAAGUCGCCCGACCAGCACGCGCUCGGACUGGACGCGCUCAGGUUCCUCUACGUGGAGAAGAUGCCCACGCUCGACCCGGAGACAAUAAGCAUAAUGGGCCUAAGCCUGUACCAGCAGCUGUGUAACCUGGCGCGCAUGGCGCUGGGCACGGGCGACUCGCGCGACUCCUCGCACCCGCACACGCUCGCCAUGGACCAUCUGUGGAAGAUAGCACUGCGGGCCAACAACACCGAUGUAUCCAUGGGCGCAAUUCAGUACCUGAACAGUUACUACAUGGGACAACAGUUGCAGCAGGAAGACGACUUUGUGGCGAAAUGCAUGUUCCACUUGUCUUCUGCUGCUGAAAGGCUCAUUUCCAAGAAACAGGAGACUGAUAGCGCCUCGCCGUCUCAAACUCCUGCUGACAAUGAGAAGGAAGAGAAGAAAAUCGACAAACAGAAUAUAUAUGAGCAUAUGACAGAGGAGGCAGCGUUGCAGUGUAUACAGAGGGCAUUGUUGUUGCUCAAAACUCAUUUAGAUACUUUCAAACGGCGAUACGCGUACCACCUGCGUCGCUGGGCGCUGGCGGAGUCGGGCGCGUGGCAGGGCGCGGGCGGCGCGGGGUGCGUGCGCGUGACGCUGCAGCCGGCCGGCGCGGGCCCGCGCGCGCUGCUCGCGCUGCACCACCACGACUUCGUCGCGCAUCUGCGCGCGCACGUGCACGUCUGGUGGGAGACGCAGAUACAGGGAGAAGAAGGCGUCACAGCAUUAUCCACAGAUGGCCCGCUGCGAAUGAUAACACAGGGACAAGAGCUGACCGUUGAUUACGACGAGAGAACACUGUAUGAUAUGGGGUUUAAAGAUAAUCAGUUGGUGUUCGUUUCUGUGGGCGUGGGUGGUCGUGGCGCUUGGGCGGAGUGGCCAUCGGCCCAGCCCGCGCCGUCAAGAGCUCGUCUGCCAACACUUCUGCUUCUUGACCCAACAUAUUUUCACCACCUGUUUACCCUCAUGCAAGCUCUUGGACAGAUGAAAGAGCCGGGGCCUAAUGGGGAGCUGGUAGCGCACACAAAAGCGCAAUUGCUGUCACGUCGAGUUUGGGAUAUAUUACAAGCAGUCCCUCUCAACCCUACGCUAUUGGAAGCCUUCCAAAACCCGAUAGAGAGCAAAUUACCAGAAUUAAUCGACCCUAACAGCCCUCAAAAACUGAUGUAUUCACUACACAUUAUCGAUAAGCUGAGCUCGAACAACACUACUCCAACCGUCAAAGAGACCACGGUCACAGAGAAAACAGAGGACGAGAAAGCUAGUGUUGAGACGUGGAACGAUCUGUUUAUAAAGAAGGGUGGACUAAGACUGUUAUACGAUAUAAUGAUGUCUGGCGUCUUGCAAAAAAGCGACGAUAGCGAAUGGCGGCAAGAUUGUCUUGCCUUGCUACUGCAGCUCUUGUGCCGUAUUGGAACGUUACCCACUUCCGAUCCUGCGCAAACACCUAAAUUACACCCGGCGUUGUUAUCUCUUAUGAGUGCAGAGGAGACAACGGAGAGGUUAAUAUCGAUACUGUGCGAGGCCGCCACUCUUAAGGAACCAGCUACUUAUAAAACUGGAUUUUGGGGUCGAGCUCAGGUGGUGCAGCACGCGAUGCGCAUGUGCGUGUGGUGGGCGCGUGGCGGCGGCGACGCGCCCGCUCUCGCCUGAGCGCUGCGACGAGCCGCACCUAGGCUGCUGCUAGACGAUAAUGAUCCCGCCGUGCGUCGCGAGGCGGGCAGCGCGCUGUACCGGCUGUGCGCGGGCGGCGAGGUGUGCGUGCUGGCGCCGCUGCUGCAGCUGCUGCUGGAACAGCUGCCGCGCGCCGCCGACAUGCGCCCGCACCCCGCCCUACACACCCACCACCCGCACCACCCGCACCAUCAUCAAGAGAUUGUACACCAUCACGCGGAAGAAGGGAAAGAGCCCUACGGUCCAGCGUGUCGCGAUUACUUCUGGCUCGUUUGCAGGCUUAUUGACGGUCUGCCUGAAGAGUUUUUCAAAGAGGGCGCUACGUCCGAAGACAGCGGCGCGCCCGAUCUCAACGAGCUUUGCGAGCAAAUUCGCGUCUCACUAGAGAAGAGGGAAAUUAUCGAGAAGAGAACUGAACCUUGUACUCCAGAUGACGGGCUGUACGGGCAACUUAGCUUGUUAACUCAUCUACUGAAACACCCGCUUAGAUUCAAGACCUCUGAACAAGGCACCAGGACUUUGGAGAUGGUGUUCGGUUUCCUGUUCGACGUGCCCAACCCCGACAACCGCAACCUGCCCAAGUGCAAGUCGCAGAAGUCGCGCGCGGCCGCGUACGACCUGCUCGUGGAGCUCGUGCGCGGCGCCCCCGACAACUACAUGGUGCUGCACCACAAGCUCAUGGAGCAUCACAAGCCAGGUCCGUCAUGCUCGUACCCGUGGGACUACUGGCCGGCGGAGGAGUCGCGGUCGGAGUGCGGGUUCGCGGGGCUGACGAACCUGGGCGCCACGUGCUACAUGGCGUCGUGCAUGCAGCACCUGUACAUGAUGCCGCAGGCGCGUGCCGCGGUGUUGCGCGCUGAUCCGCAACACAGCCGACACGCGCCCACGCUCAAUGAGAUGCAACGCAUGUUCGCAUACCUCAUGGAGAGUGAGCGCAAAGCGUACAACCCUCGCAGCUUCUGCAAAGUCUACCAGAUGGAUCACCAGCCGCUGAACACUGGCGAACAGAAGGACAUGGCGGAGUUCUUCAUAGACCUCGUGUCCAAGCUAGAGGAAAUGACGCCCGAACUCAAGAAGCUGGUCAAGACGCUGUUCUGUGGAGUGCUUAGUAACAACGUCGUGUCUUUGGACUGUCCGCACGUGUCGCGCACGCUGGAGGAGUUCUACACGGUGCGCUGCCAGGUGGCGGACAUGCGCAACCUGCACCAGAGCCUCGACGAGGUGACGGUGAAGGACACGCUGGAGGGCGACAACUGCUACACGUGCAGCCAGUGCGCCGCCAAGGUGCGCGCGGAGAAACGGGCGUGCUUUAAGAAGCUACCUCGCAUACUUUGCUUCAACACCAUGCGAUACACCUUCAACAUGCUCACGAUGCUCAAGGAGAAAGUGAACACGCAUUUCUCGUUCCCGAUGCGGCUUGACAUGUCUGGAUACGUUGAGAAACAUCUCAUGCCCGCGCAAUAUCAAGAGGAGAAAAAAAAGAUGUCUGAAACGAACAAAGAAGAGGAGGGCAGCCCUAGCGCCGACAGCGAAGACAAUCCAGAGGCUGAAGAGCAUUAUGAAUACGAGUUGAUAGGCGUGACAGUACACACGGGCACGGCGGACGGCGGACACUAUUACUCGUUCAUACGCGACCGCGAGCACGAGCACCACGACCGCUGGCUGCUGUUCAAUGACGCUGAAGUGAAGACCUUCGACCCGGCGCACCUCGCCGCCGAAUGUUUUGGGGGCGAGAUGACUAGUAAAACGUACGACUCGGUGACGGACAAGUUCAUGGACUUCUCGUUCGAGAAGACGAACAGCGCGUACAUGUUAUUUUACGAGCUUAGCCCGCCGCGAGCGCAGCGCGACUCCGACAGCGGACAGCAGGAGGAAGCGCAGUCGUCCACGGCUGAAGAAAGCAGCCAAGCGUCAUCGGUGGAGCGACGCAGUAGCGACACGGCGCCCGCUAUCACCUUGCCGCCCGAUCUGUUGAAGUGGAUAUGGGACGACAACAUGCAGUUCUUGCACGAUAAGAAUAUUUUCCAGCACGCGUAUUUCACGUUCAUGGGGCAGAUGUGCAGCUCAGUGCCGCAGUCGCUGCUGACGCUACGUCCGGAAAUCACGGAGAUUGCUGCUCGUCUAUCAACGUCAUUUUUCAUUGAGACAUUCAUACAUGCUAAGGAGAAGCCAACAAUGGUGUCUUGGGUGGAGUUGGUCACGAAGCAGUUUAAUGCAUCGGCAGCCGCGUCCGAGUGGUUUUUAGGUCACAUGGCCGAUGACACAUGGUGGCCUAUGCAAGUUUUAAUAAAAUGUCCGAAUCAGAUGGUCCGGCAAAUGUUUCAAAGGCUCUGUAUGCAUGUGAUACAGAGAUUGAGGUCUAGUCAUUGUGCCUUAUACCUGCAGGGUAUGGAGGAAGGCGAAGAUAAUAGCAAGUUGGGCGAGGCGAGUUGUGUUACUAGGUUUAUAAGAAUGUUGUUGUCUUUGAUGGAGAAUGGAGCGCGAUCGCACUUACGGCAUCUAACGGAAUACUUCAGUCUAUUGUACGAAUUUAGUAAAAUGGGAGAGGAGGAGGGCAAGUUCAUGUUGCGAAUCAACGCCAUCAGCACCAUGGUCAAUUUCUAUUUAGGACAAAAUGGAUCGACAUCUGACUCGCCAACCGAGGACGCAACUGCGAGUGGCGGAAGUGGCGGAGGUAGCGGGGGAGGGAGCGGCGGUAGUGGCGCGAGUGGCGGCAGCGGCAGCGGCAACGCGGAGAGCGGCGGCGACAAGCUGCGGCCCGGCGCGCUCGACAAGAUGGUGGCGCUCGUCGGCGGACUCGUCGAGCGCUCGCGCGACGCCGCCGGACACCUCGCGCUGCACGAGCCUGACGCUCGCGCGCUACUGCAUGCCAAGGGGUUUCCUUUCAUCUACCAGCAGACGCGCGACUGUUUAAACUUGCAGCAGACGCGCUCGUUGAUAUUCGCGCUGUGUCGCUGGAACGAGCCGCUCGCGCAGAAGAUCGUCAACAUGAUCUUCCAGGCGAUCGCCAAGCACGCUGAAAGCUGCAGUCCUUUUUUUAAGUUGCUAACGCUGCUGGUGGAGGGUAGCGGCGGCGGCGGCGGCGCGUCGGGCGGGCUGCCGUGCUUCACGCAGCUCGUGCUCGCGCGCCUGUGGGACGUCGCCGACGUGUGCCCGCACGCCGCACUCGAGUGGCUCGCGCUACAGGUCCCACGCAACAAGGCGGCGCACGCGUGGGCGUUGCGCACGGCGGAGCGGUGGGUGGAGAGCCAGCUGCUGGCGGCGGGCGCGGCGCGCGUGCGCGGCGGCGGCGCUUGCUGCUGGUGGCGCUGGUGCCGAGCCAGCACUUCCGCGCCGGCUACGCGCGGGCGCGCCCGCACCCCGCCCUCGCCGCACCACCUCGCCAAGCUGCCCGACACCGCGCACCACACGCUGCACCAGGUAUACACUAUGCUGUUGGGUAAACUGAAGGCGGCGCGCAAGUACACAGACAUCGCAGUGCACGGCACGAUGAAGCUCACCGCGUACUUCGGCGUCAUGUCGUAUUGCGUCGUUAGCCGGGUCGAGAAGUUAAUGUUUGGUCAAUACUUCAACGACCUGUGGGACCUGUACCACCCAUCGAUAUCGGAGCCGUCGGUGGCGGUGCACCCAAACAAGCAGGCGCUGCUCACGUUCUGGCACGCCGUGUCCGUCGACUGCCCCGAGAACGUGCAGCUCGCGUUAGCCAACCCGCGGCUCAUCAAACAUAUCGCCUUCAAUUAUAUACUCGCGGACCACGAGGACGGCGAGGUGGUGGCGUACAACCGCGCCAUGCUGCCGCCGUACUACGCGCUGCUGCGGCUGUGCUGCCGGCGCAGCGCGUCAUUCGCGCGCUCGCUCGCGCAGCACCAGAACGUGCACUGGGCCUUCCGCAACAUCGCGCCGCAUGCGCAUCUAUAUCCCGCCGCUGCUGACGAGCUGCUCAGAUUGGCUAGAGUGCUGGCCGCGCGUGGAGUGAGUAACAACGGCAACGGCAACGGUACGAAUAGCAGCAACAGUAACAGCAACAGCAGCAGCGCCGGCAAUAGCAACAGUAAUGGCACCAGCAGCGGCAGUGAGACGCCUGACGGCAAGGAGGCAGCCGCUUUCAGGCGGAGCACUCUCUCGGCGUACCUGCAGGGAUUAAACGGCAGGACCUGUUGGACUACACUCAUAUCCGCUUUCUGCACAUUGGUAGAAAACGAAGACGACAGGCUGUACGUCGUUUACAACGGCGGGCUACAGAUGACCUUUGAGGCACUGCAUAGCCUGCACGCGGUGUACGUGGAGGGCGGCGGCGGCGGCGGGGGCGGCGGCGGGGGCGGCGGCGCGGUGCGGGCCGAGCUGGCAGCGGCGCUACGCUGGGCGCGGGCGCUGUGCCGCACGCUGCGCACGCGCCGGGACGCUAAGGAGGCGCGCGCGCUGCUGCUCGCCUGCAAGGACUGGCCCGAGUGCGCGCGACGCCUGCUCGCCAUGCUCAACCUGCACCACCGGUUCAACCACCUGCGCGACGCCGCAUACGGUGUGCUGCGCGAGCUAGUGUUGAUCGGCGGCAGUGUGGCGCUGGGCGCGCUAGUGCCGCUGGCAGCGGGCGCGCGGGGCGGCGCGGGCGGGGCGGGCGGCGCGGCGGCGGGCCCGCGCACGUCGCCGCGCUCGCGCACGCACGUGUGCGGGUCGCGCUCGCACGCGCCGCACCACGCGCACCACCCGCCGCAGCCGCUCGCCUCCGCCUACAGACCAUAUCAUAAGUUUAUUGACACUUGUUGCCGCGUGGCGCGCACGCAGCGCUGCAUGUCGGAGCAGCUCGUGCUGCUGUCCGCGCUGUGUGCGCUGGAGGCGGUGCCGCUGCGGUUCAACUACUUCGCGGCAUUCUGGCGGGACGUGGCCAAUUCGCCGGCUGAUUCCAAGCUUGAAGAGAUGCUGUUGGAAUGCACAGUCGUUACCGAAUACAUGGACGCGAUUCUACUCGACGAGCGGGAGUCCCUGGAAGACCCUGCGAUAUAUGAGUUCAUGCAACAUUACUAUCCUAAGAUGGGUAAUGGCGCGCCGGGAGUGUCUGGCGUGGCGGGCGCGGCGGGCAGCGCGUGCGCGAUGGGCGCGACGGAGGCGCUGGCGGAGGAGGGUGUGCGGCGCGGCGGCGCGCGCCCCUACGCUCGCUGCUGGGCGGCGCACGCGCACUGGCGCUAGUGGCGGGUCGCUCGCGCCUCUCGCCCUCCGCCGCGCGCCUCGCCCUCCGCGCCGCACACGCCGCGCAGCAGCGCCUGCACCACGUGUCCGAGGAGGACAACUCCGAACCGGAAGGCGGUGAGACGGUCUCAUGCGUUGCGGAGGUGGCGCGGUGCCACACACCAGAAGGCAGCGAGGGCGAGGAAGCGGCGGAGGAGGCUGUAGCCUCCCCGGAGGACGAGCCCGAGGAGGAGGUGGCGCCGCGCACCGACUACCGCACGCACCUCGCGCACGUCAUACAGGCCCUGCUCAACACGGCGCAGCACCACGCUGCGGACGGGUAGGACCCGCUCACGCUACUCUCUAUACUCAGUAUAGAGACGUCUGUACACGUUUUAUUACACAAUAUCCUCUCCCAAACACGUUAAGGUAUGAUUUCGAUGACCACAGCGAAGCGGUAUUCUGGAAUGCAUUUAUGGCGUUUUAUGUGACCACUAACGAUCAAAAUACCUUAUUUAUGGAACUAAAAAAUAAAAUGUAAACAACAUCUGCCUACUUUGCGAUUAUCUUCAUUGUAGUCUGUGUAUUUGACAGACAUGAACAAAAGAUUUGUUCAAAAGAAAGGUACUCUUUGUUUACAUUUUAUCUUUUCUUUUCAAUAGAUAUGAUAUACAUACGUAUUCCGUUAUAGUCUGCAAUGGUUGUCGAAAAUAUACCUUUACCCUAUUUUCAAUUAUGUAACGUGUGACAGACUCACUAUUCGAUGAUUUGUAACAAAAUCACGAAUAGUGAUUUUCAUAUAUUCAUUGUAGUAAGCCAUAUGAAGGUACACUACGGUUUUGACUCCGAUAAGUGAGGCCUGUGUAUUAGAGUGUAUUGUUAACCCCUGAACAGCGCGUAUCGUCGACGUGAAGUAUUUGUUUAUAGCCUUAUAAUUUUGUUUUUUAUUUUUUUACAUUAACCUCCAAACUGGAAAAGUUUCAACGUAUCAAUAUCACAAUACUUUUAGUAAAACUCAUAACAGUUUAUUUUAAUCUACAAUCUUUUUAAGAUAAUAUUUAAUACUGUAUUUUAUUCAUAGAUGUGGUUGCAUAUUUUUCAUACAAUCUCUUUAGUAUGUGUGUUCUUAUAUAAUUUUAAAUACAGUUUGUUCUGCACGGUUCACAAAUAAUUAUACUCAGUAAAAAGGCACGCGUUUGCGUCACAAAAUGUUACAAAAGUAUUUAAAUCGAUAACAAUUCGUACAAUGUAGAAGAAGUUAUUAUAAUAUUGCAUUCGACUGCUCGUGCGCGUAAGGGUGUGUCCAAACCUGAUUAAUGCGCCGCGAAUGCGGAGACGGAUGCGCAGAACGAGUUUCAUUAAUUGCUAAUUAAUUGCGCGCGCGCCGUGCGUUCAAGAAUCAUGACGCAUUUACCAUAUUUGGACGUACCCUAACACAGCAGUCGACGUGCCAGUCAUUAAUUUCACUAAAGCAUGGUCAUUGGUCAUGUAGUUUUAAUUUUUUGUUCAACUCGCGUUACUUAUAAAUUGGUUUUCGUCCUUUGUCAUCGAUAUGUGUACAUUCCAACAUGCAUCGUCUUACUGAUGUUUAGGUGUUUUAUUUUUGAAAGUUUGUGGAGGUCGAAAUUGAUUUUGUUAUACCUCUUGUUCGCGCUGUGGAUACAGUCGGUGGGUUUAGUAGAGACAUUCACGAAUGGAAAUGUAUUCGUUGUAAAGAUGAUAGAGGUUUUACAUUUGUGCCGUAUGCACACCGCGAAUGAAAUUUAUAUAACGAAAAUAAAUUGAACAAAAUUAAAUAUAGCUCAGGCCCACUUCACAUCUUCAGUUUGACGAGUAAAGAUCAAGAUUUCAGUAAAAAUAAUUCGUAAGUUCAGCAGAAAGGAGAAGGGAGAGAAAGACAAAAUCCUCUAAGACACCUCAGUUAUGAUUUAUAUCAACCCAUUUGGUGAAGAAAUAAUUUAUUUCAGAUAUCAACUACUAGAUUUUCUUUUGCUGUGGGUUGGCUCCUUUCUGCAAAACUACAAUCAAUUCAGGCUUGAAUUACCUUUACUCGUUGAUCUGGAUUGAGGAAAGUAGGUCUUUAAGGUCCGCUUACAAUAAACGAUCCCAUGCUGAGGAAUACCCUUUAAAAAAAGUCAUUUAUAAGCACGUAAAAAAAUCUUUUUUCUGAUUGGUCCAUUUUCUCUGUGAAUCAAAGAAAGUAAUUGGGAUCCUUAAUUGAAAAACAGGGAUAAGUAUGCCCUAGAGGGAUUGUAGAUACAUAAUUUUUUGAGACCGGGCACAUGUUAUUUCUUUUAUAUAAGGAAACAAUACAUCUACGUCCAAGAAUGCAAUUAUUUUAUGGUUGUCCACUACUCUGCGCCUGGCUUUUCAUAUGAGUAAAGAUAUAGCUAUAUACAAAACACCGAAUGAUUAUUAUAGUAUUUUUUUGUUGCUAACAGAAAUUCAACUGAAAAUUAAGUCACAAAGAUCCUAAUUUGAGUAAGCAAAAACAUAAUAUUACUUCUUUUGAUUACUUGGUAGCUAUUUUUAUUGUUGCACUUAUUUUAAACUAUCUUAUUUAUUUCUGACUUUAUUCUUCUUUUAAAUAUAUAUGUUGAGUUGUUUGUGCGUAGAGCUUCAGAUUUAAUAUAUUAUAGAGAAUUGUGAUAUAAUUAUGUCUUAAAUUCAAUUUAUUAUUGGUUUUCGUUUAUUUAUUCGUUGAUAAAGUACAAUUCGUUUCUUUAAAACUUUUUUACUUCUAUUAAUACGAGCAAUAGAUCCUGUUAGCAAUAAAACCGAACUCUAAUUCUAUAAUCCAUCUAUGGCAUACAUGAUAUUUUAUUUAUAUUUUUGCUUUCCAAAAAACUAUACUUUUCGGUAGGUCUUUUUAUUGUUUGAUGCAACUCGUAAUAUUGAGUGGAAUAACAGACAGUCGUAUGUAGGCUUCCGUUGCACUAGACCUAACUUUUGCUGCUGUUUUUAGUCUCAGAAAGUCCGUAAUUAGUGGCUUCAUUAGGCAUCCACUUUUCAUUUGGGUACCAAAGCGUUGAAAUGACCAUAAUUUUAUUUAAAGCAGUGCGCGGUGGUUUACUCAUACCAACUAAUCAUUCAAUAACUGCAAUAUACAGCGUGCAUCAGCGUUAUUCAGUCAAGAUUUUUUGUUUAGUGCAGCUGCAACCUUAGUAAAUGAAUAUUAUAAGUCUGAUAUGUUGGAAUCGGAACUUCAUAGACCGGAUAUCUAUUGUAUUCGAGAUAUCAAUUGGGUAGUUGUCCCUGUUUUAAUGAUGAAAUUAAAAUUCCAAAGUUGUGAAACAUUAUAGUAAAAAAAAAAAAAUGUAUAAAACAAAACAUAUAACUAAUAAAAUAAUUAUUUUAUAUAGUUCAAUUGGAAAUAUUAUACAGACAAAAGCAGCGAUUGUAAUGUACAGAUGACUUCGCCAAGAAUCUUUUAGAAUCGCCCAUGACUAGAAAUUUUCUUUGUAUAUUUUUUGGACGUUUUAUAUUUUGAUCUGCAGAAAGUAUUUUUUUUAUAUGUUAAAUGUAUUUUAUACUGUAUACUUUUUCUGAAAAGCUAACUCGUCAACCGUAUCUUUAUUGGUGUACAAAUUAUUUUCGAAUGUGUAAACCUUAUCUUUCUCGGUGUAAAAUCGAAAACCAUAGUUUUAUUUAAUAAGCGUUUCAACGAAUCUAUGCCGGAGAUGUCUCUCGGCAACAACAUAUACUGUGUACAUAUUCGGCGUGGUGAAAUUAUCUUUUAAAACAAAUUUUAUUGUGUAUUGGCAACUUUCUUAGUAGAUAGAAAAGACUAUCGAUGUUUAUUCGUCUUUGAUUUUUAGGGAAUAUGUCGAAGGUCGUCGCUUUUAACUCACUUAGGCAUUUCUUUAGUGAUAUAGAUAUAUAAUAGGUAUGUGUAAGACUGUCGCUAAAAUUUUAUAUUGUAUGUUUUUAUUGUUUCGGUAGCGUGUGAUGUGUCCGAAAUGACUAGGUUGUUUUUAUUUUGAACUUUCAAAAUUAUUAAUUACGUUUAGGCUGUGAGAGUUUUUUUUUAAAUUAAUUUUAUGUGGGAAUAUAAUUAGACGACUAUAAAUUGUAUUCCUCCACCCCGCUUAUGAAAAAGUCUGAACAUAGUGAAAUGUUAUAAGAAUGCGAAAGUAUCACCCGUCCAAGGCGCGUACUUUUAUUUGCGAACCCUACAUUAGGCCAGUAUGAACACUUUAGAUACAUUACGAUCCCGCUUCUACCUGCUGUUAACCUUAGUGGAGUUUAUAUUUUGGUUACAUAAUUCGUGAAAUUCGUAAAUGGCAUAGUUUUAAUAGGAGCACAUUCGAUGGACAACGCUCAUUAUUCACUGCCCGAGUUGAUAAGGUCUAAUCGUAAAUAUUAUAUACGGAAAUUAUAAUUGGUGUGUGCAUGUGAUGUUUAUUAGUGGAGUGUAUAUAAAGUGAACUCACUUGCCGAUUGUUCGAUCCUGUCCAUUUUGUAUGUUUAUAGCGAGUCCGGCGCACCCGCAGCGACACGUCACCCAUCACGAACCUCGCCGCUAUACGAUAUCUUAUUGAUGUAAAAUUUUAAAUGUUGUUCGUGUUUCACACAAUAGAGUCUAAUUGUAAUAUUUCUCGAAUAUUGUAUUUCGACACGUAUGCCACCACGUAGUUGUCAAUAGUAGCAUAUGGAAAUUCACAAUGAGAAAGCAAUAAACUAAAUAUAAUACGAAUUUAAAUACUAAGAGAACGUCUCAAUAUCGUAAUGGUUUCUAUAUUAUUCGUGUAAUUGUUAUUGAUUAAACAUUUGACUUUUAUUUAAAUUGAUAAGUUUUGUUGUGUAUUGAGAUCAGUCACUGGUUUUGUAAAAGGGUUACGGACAUUAUGUGGUGCUAUCUGUAUGGAGUGACUGAGUGCGUGAGACAAAAAUUGAAUUUAAUUUUGUCCUGAUUUAGAGCUUAUUAAUAUAUACCUACAUCUUAAUAUAAUUGUGCUGUAAUUAUCCUUUUGUUAAUUUUAAGAUAUACGUUUUUUAUGAAGUGAGGCGAGAUGUCGCCGCACGCGACUCGUUCACUGUAUGGCUUGUAAUAAAACAUUUUACUUGUGUAUUAUAAUAACGUUAAGUUACAGAAACUAGAGUUUCGCUCGGAUAAAACUGUGUUAUUGAAUAUAAUUUGUGAAAAAUUGAUGAAAACUACUGUAAAUCGGACUGGAAAGCCAAAGUAAACAGUAUUUUAUAACAA